GCAUAAAAUGUAAAUACUGCACACCUCAACGCACACUCACUUAGGUUACCUGCUUUCCCCCUAAGAAAUGGAACGGCGGCAACCGUCCACCUCGCCGCCGCGCAUCAUUCUGGGGAAGUACCAGCUCACGCGGUUCCUGGGGCGCGGUAAUUUCGCAAAGGUGUACCAAGCGGUGUCUCUCACGGACGGCACCACGGUGGCCGUCAAGAUGAUCGACAAGUCCAAGACGGUGGACGCCUCCAUGGAGCCGCGGAUCGUGCGAGAAAUUGACGCCAUGCGACGCCUCCAGCACCACCCGAACAUCCUCAAAAUCCACGAGGUCAUGGCCACCAGGACCAAGAUCUACCUCAUCGUCGACUACGCCGGCGGAGGAGAGCUCUUCUCCAAGAUCUCCCGCCGAGGCCGCCUCCCGGAGCCCCUCGCCCGCCGCUACUUCCAGCAGCUCGUCUCCGCCCUCUGUUUCUGCCACCGAAACGGCGUCGCGCACCGCGACCUCAAGCCGCAGAACCUCCUCCUGGACGCCGAGGGAAACCUCAAGGUCUCUGACUUCGGCCUCUCCGCGCUGCCGGAGCAGCUCAGCAACGGCCUGCUCCAGACUGCCUGCGGAACUCCGGCGUACACCGCGCCGGAGAUCCUCCGUCAUGUCAGGUACGAUGGGUCCGUGGCCGACGCCUGGUCCUGCGGGGUCAUCCUGUACGUCUUACUCGCCGGCUACCUCCCGUUUGACGACUCCAACCUCGCGGCGAUGUGCAAGAGGAUCAGCCGCCGCGAUUACCAGUUCCCGGCGUGGGUAUCGAAGGCGGCGCGGCACCUGAUACACCAACUCCUGGACCCGAACCCGAAGACCAGAAUGCGGUUGGAGAGGGUGUUGGAGAACGCGUGGUACAAGAAAUCGCUGAGAGCGGAACCGGAAGAGAGCGUGUUCGAGUCGGAUUUGUACAACAAGUGGUGCAGUUGUGGCGGCGAGGGUUACAAGAACUUGGGGAUGAACGCGUUUUACAUAAUAUCAAUGUCUUCAGGGCUGGACUUGAGGGGGUUGUUCGAAACGGCGUCGUCGGGGAAGAGAGAGAAGAGGUUCACGUCGGAGAAGGAGGUUGGGGUAGUGGAGGAGAAGGUGAAGGAGGUUGGUGUGAGUUUAGGGUUUAGGGUUGAGAUUGGGAAGAAUGGAGCAAUUGGGUUGGGGAAGGGGAAAGUGGGUGUGGUGGUUGAGGUUUUUCAGAUUGCAUCUCAAUUGUUGUUGGUGUCUCUCAAAUUGGUGGAUGGUGGUUUGGAGUUUGAUUGGACUGAUUGGGAAAAUGGUCUUCAAGAUGUUGUUCUCUCUUUCUUAGCAUAAUGAAUGAAUCCAUUUUCACUCCCUCAUGUUCGGACCCAAGAGUUGUGCAUAAACUAGAAUAACAAUCUUGUUGGAACUCGAGACCUUGCUAGAACAAGUGUUUGGUGGUGUGGUGCAUGCACCCUGAUACACAUUUUUUUACUUGAUUUUAGUUAGAUGUUGCAAUUGGCUGGGUGAGUUUGCUAUGUUGGUCUGUAAUUUCGUUUAGAACACUUUGUACAUGAUGAGAUAGGCAGAAUGGUGGCCCAUGUUGGUGCUGUUUGUAUGAAUCAAUAACCAAAUUUUAUGUCCUCAUAUUGUUAUCAUUCGCCGUACAA